GGGAGCGGAGCGGGGGGAGCCGGGCUGAGGGGCGGGGAGCCUCGGGAGCCCCGAGCCGCUCCGCUCCGAGCGGUGCGGACGGGGGAGAAGCGAGGCGGCCGCAGCGCUCUGCAGGAUGGAGGGGAAGCGGACCCCCCCCCGGUACGGCUCGCUGGAAUCCACCCGGUGGCCGCCCGCCAGCACGGCGCCAGAGGAUGAGAUCAUUUCCAUGGCUGACUCCUCCACCACUAUUGAUGACAUCGAAGGGGAGCUCUUCAAAAUCGAGAGGAUCAGGGAGAUCCUGGUGAGGAGGGAGUCGGAGCUGCGAUACAUGAUGGAUGACAUUCAGCUCUGCAAAGAAAUCAGCCGGCUGAAAAAGGAGCUUCAAAAGCUCCUUGCCCUUCCUGAGACUGAGAAGUCCAAUGAGGAGAAGCAGAAGGAGGAGGAACUGGUGCAGCAGAUCCACAAGCUGGUGGAAACACGGGAUUUCCUGGUGGACGAUGUGGAGUUUGAGAGGCUCAGGGAGAGAGAAGAAGACAAAGAAAUGGCAGAAUUCCUGCAAAGUAAGCUCUCCAAAAGCUACCUCCAGAAAGCAACUCCUAUCAGAGAGAAGAAAAUGACUUCCAGGGGGCAGCAAACCUCCGCACCGUACAUGACCAAAACGGGCCUCACCCUGCUCAAGGAGUGCUGUGGCUUCACCUGCUCCAUCAUGUAG